AUGGCAUCGCAAAGAAACAGUGCACGAGCUUUGGAAUUCAUCGGUUUGGUACCAAAGAUGACUUUGGAUGCAUGGAAAUCUGUGGAAUUUCCGCACGGUCCAAGUCCGUCGGCUGACGUUGCUGACGGUGUUCAUCACUCCCCAUCCGUCAGCUCUUUCCCACCCAAUUGGCCAAUCGAUCCUAUCGACAACUGUGCAUACAAGAAUUUUUUGGAUCGGUCUGUUGUCCUGUGCUCAGAGGACAAAAUGCGUUCAUUGUACAACUUGGAACAAACCCACACGUUUGGAUUACGUCCCAAUCCGUACCCGUACCCGGUGAUUGUGCGGCCGCCGAAUGUGGAUGAUCCAGCCAUUCAUGAGUACUUUAUGCCCGCCUGUCGACGAAAAUCUCAGUGUCCACACUACCCAUGCACAUCGUGGUACGAGAGCUUGUUUCCACUCCCAAUAUCUCUGACGGAGGAGAACGCGUGUGUCCGCGUUUCCACAUUCCUGCACGCCUUACAGUCCUCGGUCAAUCCAGGCAAACGAUUGAUUGAUUCGGUGGAAUGCGCGGAUCAAUGGAUUGAACAUAGUCGACAAACUAUCAACCGGUUUAUCUGUGGUGAUUUACCAUCAGUGGAUUCUACCAGCGAAGACAUGGAUCUUGGUUUAUUUUUACAGAAUUGUCUUCUUGCCCGGCGAUAUGCAACCACACAUUUUGAUAAACCGGCAUUCGAUCGUCUGACCGAUGCAUCAGAUUUGGAUUCAGUUCAGUCGAUGGAUUUGGGUCCGUUUGAUAUCCUCGGUGUGGAAACUGCGGUCCGGUACGGUCAACGAAUUGGAGCUCUGGCUCACGAUUCACUGCAUCCCCUCACAGAUUCAGGCCACGUAGCAGCAUUGUCCAAUUUGAUCAAACGUGUUCGUUGUGGACUCAACAGAGAGUAUCAGGUGAUGGAUUGUACCACCAAUCGAGACGAGAGUUUGUCGAGUGUCACCGCCGAUGACGGGGACACAGUUCACGGAUUCGACUGGUUCACAGCAACCAUGUUUCUCGCAUUUCGUGGUGAUGCUAACCUGGCUUGGGAAUUUUUGGCUCAAUUUGCAUCUGAUCGGCUGUCCAUCUUUAUUUGGCCCCAACGCGCUCAACGAUUUUCUGCACAUGCGAAUGGGGAUGACAGCACAAACAACUGGUCGCUACAUUUGACCGGGCAUUUUGUGGAUCACAUACUGGCACUCGAAUGUCCAAACGUAUACAACACAUUCGUUCUGGCCGAACUACCACCGUCUCAGAUUGUCAGACGUUGGAUGAAACAAUGCUUUUGGAAUUAUCUCGAUUGGAGUGGCAUAAUUGAUUUUAUGGUGAUCUGUUUGUUGCACUCGGAACCCUACCACAUCUACUUCAUUCUGACCGUGUUACAACAUCUACGUCACGCGGUUCGACUGGCCACAGCCCAAAGUCCGACUGAUCAACAGCAACAGCCCCAACAACUGGUUGUGUUCCUCCAGGAAGAACCGAUUCGCGGAUUUGAAAUGUCCAAUUACCUGGACAUUUUUAGACAGUUGGAUUGCAAGUACGGCGCUGAGUUGCGGCGUGCAAUUGAACAAGUCAACGGUCAGCGGUCGACAUAA